GCCUGGCCGUCACUAGUUAUUACAGCUACAAAGUCCUAAUUAUAGCUAAACCCCACCUGUUUCCACAAUCUGAUUAUAAACCUAACAUUAACCAAACUGAUAACCUUGUGCCUAACCUUAAGUUAAGACAAAAGUGCAUUUUAUUUUUUACAAUAGCCAAUUCUGACUUUGUGGCUGUGGUAACUAUUUACAACCGAGAAGUCUGGGUGGAGAUGAUGAUGGCGGAGUUGGUGCAGGGACAGGCCUCUGUUGCUCAGUCCGGAAUGAAAGCUGACGGCUUCGCCCACGCUUUACAUCGGGCCCGACAGAUGGCAGGAAAAAUGAGGAAUGAGCAGAUUUCUCACCUAAAUAGUUCCCCACCUAUUGUAGACCCCUCCAUGUAUGGCUACGGGGACCAGAAGCGAUCGGUGGAAGACGGAGUAGGUAACCAGCUGGGAGCCAUGGUACAUCAAAGGGCUGUUUUGACAGAAGACUUCAAAGUGCCUGAUAGAAUGGUUGGAUUCAUCAUAGGCAGAGGAGGUGAACAAAUUACGAGAAUCCAGCUGGAGUCCGGGUGCAAGAUUCAAAUUGCCUCUGGAGAGUUCUUUAUUAUUGUCUGCGGGAUGUACUGAGAACCCAGCUGGCUUUAUGGAUGGAGACGGGAGAGAGCCAUGAUUCUGUGAAACAGUGUAUGUUACAGUCCCUGAUGUCUCUCUGGAGGGAGAUCCUCACCCUGAGCUUGUCUACUUUAUUGUCCAUAGACUGAACAUUAGCUAGUAAUAUACUCGGAAGCGGUGGAUGGUGUGCACGCCUCCUGAGUCGGACUAGAAUACCUCUUCUCCGCCGGCGGCAUCUUGGAGCAGCCUCUGGGAGAGUGGUGGUAUGAUGGACAGAGCCUGCUCCCUCAAUGGAACCCCAGAGAGCAUUGAGCAGGCCAAAAGAAUGCUUGGGCAGAUAGUGGACCGCUGUCGAAACAGCCCUGGGUUCCACAGCGUGGCUGAGGACAUCAGCUCAGUCCACGAGAUGCUCAUCCCAGCCAGCAAAGUGGGCCUAGUCAUCGGGAGGGGAGGGGACACCAUCAAGCAACUGCAGGAGAGAAUAGGAGUGAAGAUGAUGAUGAUCCAGGACGGCCCCAUGCCCACCGGGGCAGACAAACCCCUGAGAAUCACUGGGGAUCCCUACAAAGUCCAACAAGCGCGGGAAUUGGUGAUAGAGAUCAUUCGCGACAAAUACCAGGGAGACUUCCGCAGUGGCCGAAACGACUUUGCGUCAAGAUUGGGUGGAAGUACUUUGGAUGUGGCUGUACCCAGGUUUGCUGUGGGAAUUGUCAUCGGCAGGAGUGGCGAGAUGAUCAAGAAGAUCCAGGGAGAAUCCGGAGUGAGGAUCCAAUUCAAACCAGAUGAUGGCAUCAGCCCAGAGCGCAUCGCCCAAGUGAUGGGACAACCAGACAGGUGUCAGCACGCUGUCCAACUCAUCAACGAGCUCACCCAAACAGCACAGCAGGAACGUGAUGGCUUUGGAAGCUCUGGAGGACCAAGAGGAAGGGGACGAGGCCACGGGGACUGGGGCAUGGGCUCACCAGGGGGACUGCAGGAAGUCACCUACACGAUACUUGCAGACAAGUGUGGUCUGGUGAUCGGCAAAGGCGGAGAUACCAUCAAGAGCAUCAACCAGCAGUCUGGAGCCCACGUGGAGCUGCAGAGGAACCCCCCUCCCAACACCGACCCCAAUGUUCGCAUCUUCUCCAUCAGAGGCACCCCGCAACAGAUGGAGGUAGCAUGUCAGCUCAUUGACGACAAGAUCGGAGGCUCAGGAAUAUUAAGCAAUGGUAGUUGUGGGUUGAGCCCUUACACUCAAAGCCCUGCAACUCAUCAAAAUUGUGGCAGUGGAGCCCAGACUUUAAUGACAGGGGGAUGGGGGACUGCUUAUCAAACAUGGCAGCCUCAAGGCCAGCAAGACCACAGUCACAAUGGAUCCCAGGCAGGCCAGGUAGACUACUCUACAGCUUGGGAGCAGUAUUAUAAAAAGCUAGGCAAGUGCUCUGAGACAGUAAAAACCCUGUCAUACCCACAUGACUUUUCGAACAAUUGCAAUAUUUUUGCCAUACAUUUUGUGCAACUGCAGCAAAGCUUGAGGUUCGGCAUUUGGCGCAGUGUAUCUCCAGUAGUAGACAUUACAGAUAACGCAAUGAUUAUGAUUCUCUAUGUCCACCGUUGUGUAAUGGCCCAUUCUGUGUUUGCAGGCCAAAAGACCCAAGCUCAGAGUAUUGUCCAUGACUACAGCAAAGCAUGGGAGGAUUAUUAUAAGAAACAGAGUCAGACAUCUCAGCAGCAGAGCUCACUCCCAGAACACAGUGCAGCUAUGGCAGAAUAUUACAGGCAGCAGGGAGUGUACCACUGGCCGGGUGCACAGGCAACCCAGGGCCCAGGUCUUCAGGAGCAUUAGAGUGGACACCCAUCUAAUUAAGACUUUGGAAUCAUUGAGACAAAAAGAUAACUACUAACAGUACUAUUGAGGUUUCUAAAGUAUAUUUUCAACACUUUGCGGCGUACCUUUCCUUUUUGUAAUGCAUUCGCUGUAGAAUAACUAAACCUAAAAACUGAUAUUUUACUUGGCAAUUUUGGGAUACACUCGUCUUCAGUAUACUUUUUUUUCUUCUUUCUUUAAAUGUAUCGCCGUGUCUUUGAACAAGAUGUAGUAUAAUCUAUUUUGUCUAGUUUUUGCAAUAAAAUGGUAUUGGCUUAGCAGUCUUGAGGCUUGAGUAUAAUGACAGUUUUGUUUUUGUGAACGAUAAUGUUUUAAGCAUGCGUUUGCUUUUUGAUUUGUGUUUUUACGUAGAACAUUUUUAAUUUUGAGAGAUUGAAAUGUAAUGUUUGAAUGUUGGAAAAAAGUUUUAAUUUCGAACUAAAUUCCUGCUAUGGUAUCUGUCAUUUCUUAUUUAAUCAUGUAUUUCUUCUGUGUCAUUGUUUUGUUUUCUGUUCAGGAAGGUGCGAUAUCUAAUUUCGGUUUUGAGACAAAUAUGCUGAUAAAUUAGUUAUUAUUCCUACAUUAGACAUCCUAGUUUUAAGCCUAAGUGUAAUAAAUGCUUAUCAAAAUUAUAUUUUAGAGAGCUGGGAUAUUAUGAGUUUGAUUUCAUCUUAUGUAUGUAUCCUCAUGUACAUGGGUAUUUAAGUAUAUUUGUUGAAUAAGGAUUGUUAUUGUAAUAUUCACACGGAUGCUCUCCCAAUUUUAUGUAUUCACUGCUAAUAUGGUAAAUGUUGUUUUGAAAUUUGAUGUUGCAUCUCUCACCAAGUGCAAAUAUAAACCCAGCAUGUCUUCUGUGCUCAAGACUGCUAAGCCGCUUUCAUUCUACCUGUUCAAAAUAUUUGUUUUUGUAUGGCAAAUGUAAGUGUGAUUUAUUUAUAUUUUUGAAGCACCUAGCUUCCACAGUAUCCCAACCAGUACACUUUGUUUCUCGCUAACAUAAUUGUUUUUGUGUAAGCAAGAACAUAUGCUAUGAUUCGUUACAUGAUUACUCCCUACAAUUUUUUCUGAUGACAAGACAUACUUUAACCUAUGAUUUUUGUUGACAUUUUUCUCAUAUGCACAGAUAACCUUGUAUUUAAAAGUCAAGUAAUUUGUUUGUUUCUAGGGCAGUUGAUACCAUUUGGGCUAUUGUAAUGCACAUUCCUGUUUUUAGAUGUGUGCUGCCUUUUCAAUGGCAAAUUAGUUUAACUGCAGUUACCCAAAGAGCCAUAUCACUGGACUAACAAGUUCAUCUUUCUGUAGCAUACAGUGUGAUUUAGAUACCUUGUAUAUGCCAUAAACAUGAAUAGAGGCAAUAUAUAUUCUCACUUGUUUAUUUCUAUGCUUUCUUAGUUGUUUGACUCAGUAAUUUGCCACAAUUGCUUUUGUGGUGAAAAUAUAGAAUCUUUAUUUUUGUACUGUUAAAAAGUUUAUCUGUAUAAUGAUUUGUCAAUCUCCCUAACAGUGUUCUUUGUUGCUGUAUACCAUGCUUCAAUUAAAUCUCCUCUCUCAA